AUGGCAGGUCUAGAAACUAAUGCCAAAUUCCAUUUCACUGGUAUCAGAAAAUAUUUCAACUCUUAUAUUCUCACAGACAGAAUGCAUUGCGUACUGGACAUGUACAGAGGCAUUGCUUUGGUGUUCUUACACUUCAACUUAAGGUCAGAAAAAACACCAGCUGUGAAAGGAACAUCAGUGAAUUUGAAACUGUACCUUAUCUGUUAA